UAUUUUGCACCGGAUGUGAACAGAUGCAUACCAACUCCACGAACGGCGAACUAUGUGUACCGCUUCUCCCUCCCUCUCCUUAACCAUUACACCAGGCCAUCAGGCUGUCCAGCUUGAGGUCGAACUCGCUGCCAGCUGCAGUGACUAAACCUCCUCGUUAUCGUUAUUUCAUGCUCAUCGUCCUGUUCGACGCCCUCUGCAACAGAACAUGCAUCUCCCUUAUGCUUACGCCUACAUCCUGCUUUUCGCUUUGUCGUCAUUAGUGAAUGGCCAAUUCCUUCCUUCGGCAGCACCAAUCGUCACUCGUUCUCCCUACCUGAACGCUUGGGUCGACCUUACAGGAUCCAAACCCAAUAGUUGGCCCAAAUUCUGGAGCACAAACCGUACAUUAGGAUGGGGUGGAUUUAUUCGUGUGAACGGAAACGACACUUAUGAAUGGACGGGGGCUGCGAUGGAAGACCCGGCUCUCAAAUUUACUGCAAGGUCGAGACAAGCUGCAGUACUCAAUAACCUUAUCGUCACUCCUACUCGUACCAUCUUUAUAUUGAGGGCUGGACCGAUUCAGUUCAACGUGACAUAUCUGAGUCCUAUUGAGCCCGACGAUAUCGUACUCCAAUCUUUUCCGUUCAGCUACGUAUUUCUGGAUGCAGUUUCGGCGGACAACCAAGCACAUAGUGUGCAAGUGUAUUCGGAUUUAAGCGGAGAAUGGUUAUCAUUCGCAGAUGCUGUCAAAAUACAAUGGGACACGACACUGGGCCCUAUCAUCGCUCACAGUGCACAACUCUCAACUCCAAAAUCGUUGCAAGAGGUUACCAACAUGGCCAGUGAUGGGACGCUUUAUCAUGCUACAAAUGCAGGAAAUGGGGUGACCUGGGAGACUGGAGGUCAUUACGCUAUUCGAGGCUGGUUUCUAAGUCAAGGGUCUGUUAAUAAUACUAAGAAUCCGGAUUUCCGAAAUAUCAAUGAUAAUUAUCCUAUCUUUGGAUACGCUCACGACUUGGGCUCUGUUACAAGCACUCCAGUUUCUGUGGUUUGGGCAGUCGGUUUAGCUCGUAAUCCCGUCAUCAGACAGACAUCCGGAAGUGAUACCCUCGACCUUCUCCCGUACUGGACCACCAAAUAUAGCAGCCCUCUUGAUGGUAUUCAAGCAUUUUUGGCGGACGCUCCCAAGGCUAAAGAAAGAGCGUCUGCGCUGGACGCCAAAAUCCAAAAAGAUGCCAUGAAGAUCUCUUCCAAUUACAACGAUUUGGUUUCGCUAGCCGCACGACAAACAUUCGCUAGUGUGGAAACGGCCGUCGGGCCAUCUGAUUCCAUUUACAUGUUCAUGAAAGAUAUCGGUACCUCCCAGCGAGUAAAUCCUGUGGAAACCUUAUACGCAGCAUUCCCGGCAUUCCUGUACAUAAAUUCCACAUGGGGUCGGUACCUCCUCGAGCCGCUUCUGCAAUAUGAGACGUCGACUCAGUAUACGGCCAGUUACGCUUCACCUGACAUUGGUUCUUUUUUUCCUAUUGCAGCAGGACAACCCAACCCCAGUUCGCUGCGUUCUAUUGACGACUCAUCGGCCAUGCUGAUCAUGGCUUGGGCGCAAGCACGAUUUUCUGGCGACCAGACAUUACUCAACCGAUACUACUCGACAUUCCAAAAGUGGGCAGAUUCUAUCAUCUCAUCCAAUCCUCUCAACACGGCAGGAGCCCAAACGGCGGAUGGAUUAGACGGUCAAAACGACAUGUCCAACUUGGCGAUCAAAGGUAUUAUCGGGAUCAGGGCGAUGGCUGAAAUCAGUCACACAGUUGGCAAGGGUGAUGAUGCAUCAAAAUACCAGAACCAAGCCUCCUCAUGGGUGUCCAGCUGGCUAGCAUCGGCUUCAUCGGGUGACCACCUACUCUCCACAAAUUCUACCUCGAGUUCAUGGUCCCUCAUGUAUAACUUAUAUCCGGACAAGUUGUUGGGGAUGAAGUUGGUUAGUCAGGAAAUAUACGACAAGCAAGACCGGUUCUAUACCACUCGGACGUUGUCAGGAGACAAGUACGGACUGGCGUACGAUAGCAACGCCAUCAACGUUGUGAAAUCUCAUUGGACUAUGCUUACAGCGGCUACAACGACGGACAUUGGAGCGCGAGACUAUUUUGUUAAGAUGGUGCACGAUAAGGCAACGGAUUCUAACAACUUUGCUACAUUCCCAAGCACGUAUAGUUCAGUGGAUGGAAAAUUAAUAACAGGAUUGGCUAGUCCUGCUCAAGGUGCCGCGUUCGGUCUUCUCACUUUGAACUUGGAAAGUAAACUUGCCGGCUUAUCAGGCAACACUGGUGGUUCGCCUGACACUGGUAGUAAAUCUAAUGUUGGCGCGAUAGCGGGAGGUAUCGUAGGCGGCCUCGCUGGCCUUGUUUUGAUUGUCCUCGGGUUCUUUUUCUUUCUUCGAAAGCGCAAAGCCCGGGAUUAUCACGAAGGCGAGAGUAAGCCGGCGACGUUUUUUGCACGAUUUGGCCGCGAUCAACCUCACCCUGACGAUCCUCUUGUUGAUUAUCACGUCGAGCCGAUGCCUCUUCCCUCCGGUUACCAAAGUCAACAAGGACGUGUGUCGUACUCCAAUUCCAAUAGCAGCAGCGGUCAACUAUUACAGCUUGCGCCGUUGCGUUUGCAUAAUGCGGACCAAAGCGCGGCAUUUCAAGCGCCCCCUCUCCCGAGGAAGACUGACCGUAUUGCCACGUCUUCUUUGGAGGACGUUGCACGCUACAACUCUAAUCGUGAUGUGUUGCCUCUACCGACUUCGCCAUCGGUUGGUGGAACUUCCUCAGAUGCUUCUCAGCUUCGUCAUGAAGUGGAAAGUCUUCGACGAGAAAUGGAGGAGAUGCGUUCGAGGACGAUGUACGAGCCGCCACCAGAGUAUACUUGAUGGUGGUACAUCUAGACUGACAGCACUUACUACACCUUCUUUUUUGUCGAUUUUUUCGCAUCAGUCGCUCUGCAUAUAUUCUACUAUCUACGCUAUUUUUUGCCGGCACUCUCUUCUCAUAUAACUUAAGUAAAACACAGUUCGGAAUGUCAAGUGGAAUUACUAGGAUUUUCUAUACAGGCUCCAUUAACA